UGGAUAGGGGGUUGGGGGAGGGCUAAGGGGUGACGAAACGCAAAAACAGCACCAAAACUCCUUCAUGGUCCAGCCAGGCUGUUGUGGGGACCCCCGGUGAGCCUGGGUGAAGCCACUGCCCUGGUGGUUUGGCUGGUGCGGCGUUGGGGAACCCCAGCUGCUCUCUCUCUCUCUCUCUCUGUCUCUCCUGCUGGGCUGACUACAGAAGUGGAGCAGGAGGCCACGUCGACAGUAGGCCAGUCACACACAGACCAGGGGCUUCAUGGAGCCGUCCGAGGAGCCAGAGGGGCCCCUCGGGGGCCUCAACGAGCGCCUGCGGAGCUUCCUGGAGCACGUAGCGCAGCUGGAGGCGACCAACCGGGAGCUGGAGCAGCGGAUCCUGGACUGGGGCAAGAAGAAUAUCCCGCCGUCCCGCGACUGGAGCGCCCAGGAGAAGAUCAUGGAGGAGCUGAGGACUCAGGUGAGCCUCUUAAUGGUAGGAAACGCCCAACUGGCUUGGCAGACUGAUUUCCAGAAAUCCAGAGCUUCCCAUUUAGAGAAAAGGUAUGAGAUGGAAAAGUGGCAGACUGGCCGUAUAGAGCCGCAAGUGAAGGAGAUGAGGAAGACGCUGAAAGACCUGGAGAGAGCGAGCAUGUUCCUGGAGAGGGAGAUUCAGGACCACACUACUGAGCUGCGGCACACACAGGAGGAAUAUGAAGAGUCUCGCACGGAACACUGGCAGCAUCGGAGGCAGCUGGCCCUCCUCUGUGACGACGUGCAAGUGCAGCGUCUGGCCGGUGAGGAUGGCAGAGGGAUGGAGCUCUCUCAGCUCCUCGACCGCAUCAGGACACAGUGCGAUCGCAUCGGUACCCCAGGCAGCCACCUGGACCCGGACACCAGCCCAACUCCAGUCCCAGGCUUCUCUCGGGCACCAGGAGGCCUUGCCAGCAGUGCAGCAGCAGCAGCAGCAGCAGCCCAUGGCAGAGGAGGAGGUGUCGCACAGAAGCAGGCAGAGGCAGCUUUGGCACAGGUGAGCCAGGGGGAAGUGGACCUGAAGGAAGCCAGAGAGGAGCUGGCUGAAGCCAGGAGGCAAUGGCAUGGUCUGCAGGUGGAGAUAGAGUCCAUGCAUGCCCUGGAGAAGGGGCUUGAGAGCUCCCUGCGCCACACCCAGCAGCACUUCUCUGAGCAGCUGCAGGACCUGUCGAAGGUGGUGCGGGACCUGGAGGGGGAGCUGGAUGGGGUACGCGGUGGCCUGGCCGGCCAGAGGGAGCGCCACAGCCAGCUGCUCAACACUAAGAUGAGGCUGGAGCGCGAGAUCAAAACCUACCGCAGGCUUCUGGACAGCGAGGAAGGCAGGUACUUGACCUGCAAUGGUCAGCUGGGUGGACUGAAGCCCUGGAAGGGUCCCGUCAUGGAGAUUCACCAGAAUGGCCUGGAGCUCAGCCCUGACGACGCACAGGAGCCAAUCACAGAGCUCCACAUGACAGAGAUCGAUGGGUUCCAGAAGCACCCAGCAAUACUCCGCAGGCAGAUGAGCCUAGUCAUACUGACAGAGCCGGAGAGGAACACUGACGUGGCGUUCGCCACGGUGAAGACCCAGGAGAUCCUGCAGGGCACUGUGGUGCGAGAGAGCGCCGAGGGCCACGGCACCGUGGAGACUGAGAAGAUUGACAAGGUGAUCAAACAGUGGGAGGGCUCCUUCUUCCAGGGCAACCCCAAGCUGCGCAAGAAGUCGGUGUCGCUGCGCUUCGACCUGCACAUGGCCGUGACCGACGAGGGCUGCGCCCAGACCAAGCAGGACAGCCUGCCCGACGUGGAGGUGCGCCUGGUCAUGCGCCGGUCCCGCAGCAUCCCCUCCAUCGCCCAGUGAGAGGCGGGUCAGGGGGUGGAGGUGGUUGGUGAUUCGUGAUUCGUGAUUCGUGCCACCAACUGGGACUGGAGGUGUCACAGGCCCACACUCAUAGCCGCUCACAGGAAGAUACUCAAGCCAGCGGACUUGUGGAAGACACACACACACACACACACACACACACACACACACACACACACACACACACACACACACACACACACACACGUUGCCCCUAAGAGUUUAGAACUGGAACCAGUACCACCUUCAGCUCUGGCACCCCUAGACCGCCACUCCUCCGACAAGAAAAACGAAUUCUCAACCUGAACUUUGACCCCCAACUUGUCCCAGUUUUCUUCAGUUCACCGUUAAAAACAAAACCUCCCAAGGACAUGGACACCUCCAGGCCCUUACCCAGAUUAUUAGUUGCUAGGCUCCAGCGGUCUCCACUGAGGAUGGAUUUCAUUUCUGUCCAGGAGCUCCAGUCUGCCUGCCUAUACUUAUAGUAUACAUAUGAAACCAAUAAGCAUCUUGCUCUCGUUGCUAUUACGUGACUCCUAUGAUAUGAAACGUCUCCAUGUUGAAAUGGAGUCCAAAGUUGUAAGAGGCAGUGGCUCCACCGCGACCCCCAGCCUCCCUGCAGUAUCUUCCAGAGACACGCAGAAACAAAUAGUCCUCCCGCCUUUGGGAUAUGUAGUCCUGCAGUGGGAUGAUAGCAUACAAUGCACAGUGCCCUGCUUCCAUGGUCUGUCUGGAAAGACGUAGCGCCUGAUGCUACACGCAGUAGGCGUCUGUGUUUCUCUGCCCUGGCAAUAUCACUGUGACAACAUUGCCACAAAAAAAAAACAGCAACAAAAAAAAACACUCACCUGCCCAUCGGAAUGAAUGGAUGGAAUUCAAAUCGGUAGGUCAUCGAGUAAUGUCACUGUGAAAAAGUGUCUUCUGACAGCAAAGCCAUCAUUACAUCCCACUGUCCUUUUCCCAGAGAAAAAAGAGUGGGUAUGGAUUAAUCAUCCAGUUAAUUGAUAAUUAUUACAAAAAUUACAAUUAAUAUAGAUAUAGGUUUUACCUUCCCUGCCUUUUCGUCGUGUUACAUAUUUGGCUUUUGCUAUUUUACAGAAUGCAUACAAAUAUAUUAUUGCACUAUUAGUCCAACAAUUGUGACCAUGGCAACCAUGACCAUUCAUACCACAUCUGGAUUCAGAAUUAGGUUGAACAUUUGAACAUGGGCUCCUAUUCUUGACCACAAGAUUUGAAUUUCUUUCUUUUUGAAUUGAAUCAUUUAAGCAAACCCUUUUUUAUCCAAAGCGUUCCUGUGAGGAAUACGUUCGAGCCGUUUGUGGGAAUGAAAACCAUGGCUCUUUGUGUGGUUAGCGCCUUGCUUUACCAGUUGAGCUGCAGGAACCUUGUCAGGGCAUGGAUGGGGUGUGGAAUAUGUUCCUCAAACUGGUAGUCUGGCGAGACUCAGAUGCACCUUAUGAAAAAAAAAAAAAGAUCGGAUGAGCUGAGCAGCUCAGCAAUCACAUGCCCCUCUUAAGCGAGCAAACACUAAAAAAAAACAAGGUAACCUACAUACAAAUGUUCACUGCAAUCCAUUUGUCGCAGUGAGGUCUCUCCUCGUUGGCACAAUUAACAGAUGACCUCAGGUCAGUUUGUGGUGAUUGAUUGAAACACUUAAGCUUUGAGCCACAAAUACGGACGGCUGAUUCUGCAUCAGGCAACAGCAAAUCAAACUUUUGCUGAUUUUUUUCAGUGGCUGAGUGUUUUACCAGAAGCAACCAGAAGAGGGCGUACGUUGAACGUGUAAAUAGCUUCUCUAUACCAUGAAUGCAUUACGUUUGGAUUGUGGUGUCUUCCAUUAUAGUGACAUCUACUUUUGAGGUUUCAGUAACCUGUGUUAAGGCCAUUAUGAAAUACUCAGCUUAUUAAGUCUUGGUUAUCUAAAAAGAGUAACAACAGCAAAACAACAGUUCUUUGUGGGAUAUAUUUAUUUACAUCGAUUUAUGCUAAAAAUAAGAAUUUACUACUUGGUGAGGCAAUAUAUUUUAUCCUUAUUAUUAAACGUAUAGGCUAUGAUAAUAAUUUGUUAAGCAGGCACAUCUUAGUUUAUUAAAAGUGUAUUAACUUUUGAAGUGAAUUGUGUCUAAUGAAUUUGCUCUGAUAAGUGAAUAAUUGGAGAUUGGUGUGUGUGUGCACAUGAGGUAGUUCCACUGAUAUGAAAUGCGACUUAUUUGAUUGACCUCCUCAAAUCCUCAAAUUUGUAGUUGUCCACUUUAACGGUGUGUACAGUGACAUACGACGUCCUCAGGCGUAACAUGAGAAUGUUUACAGCGUAAAAUAAUGCAAAUUCACAGCCAUGAAUUUGCAUUUGGAAACUGUUUGACAGUAGUUGUGGGAUACUCACGAUAAUCUUGGCCACUAUUGGUGGUAUGAUCGGUGAUUUCGCUCUUUUCGUUCGAAAUCUUUGCUUUUCCGUGAAAAACACUCUAAAGCAUCGAAAUACGGCGACCAAAAACUGGCUUUAAUGCAGUGAUGAAUGCAGUGAUGAAUGCAGUGAAUUCGCUGGUGUCACUGAGGGAGAUCCUCUCCCCGGAGGUUCUUAGCGCACACUGCAUUUAGCAAACGGGUGAAAGCUAUCUGUGAUUAACGACAGGAAGUUGAAAAGUGAGCAGAGAUACAUAUCCUAUGGUCAAAAAGUAACCUUGUUCCAUUAUAAAAUGAUGUAUUUCUCUUUUUUGUCUUUUUUUUUUUGUUUCGCCAAAGAUGAGAAAAAGCUGCCAAUGUGCUUUGCAGUUGGGUGCCUGAGGCUGUGCCAAUAUUAACCCUUUUAACAUUUCCUAUCUAUGCAGUUCCCUUCAUGUGCUUGGAGUAGUGCCGCUUGAACACUUGAAAUGAAUCCAUUUUCUUCAUUUUGGGGGGCCUGUUUUACUUUUCAAGAAGAAAUGAUAUGCAUUUUAUCUAAUGAUGAGAUAAUUUAAAUAAAAGGCUAAAAUCAUAA